GAGGAGGGCAGGAGGCAGGGGUGCGGUCGCCGCUGGGACCCAGUGUGGAGCACCAGCCUCCGAGCGCGCACCUUGCUCGCGGCUCCCCGCACCGCGCUGUCGGGUUAGUGUGAUCUAAACUCAAGGCAAAGGUGAAAGACCAUGGCAUCUAUCUGGGUUGGACACCGGGGGACAGUGAGAGAUUAUUCAGGCUUCAGCCCAUCAGUGGAUGCUGAAGUGAUUCGUAAGGCAAUCAGAGGAAUUGGAACCGACGAGAAAACACUCAUCAGCGUUCUGACUGAGCGGUCGAACGCACAGCGGCAGCUGAUUGUUAAGGAAUAUCAGGCAGCCUAUGGAAAGGCACUGAAAGAUGACUUGAAGGGUGAUCUCUCUGGCAACUUUGAGUAUCUCAUGGUGGCCCUCGUGACUCCCCCGGCUGUGUUUGAUGCGAAGCAGCUGAAGAAAUCCAUGAAGGGCACUGGAACAAAUGAGAAUGCAUUGAUUGAAAUCUUAACCACCAGGACAAGCAGGCAGAUGAAGGAGAUCUCACAGGCCUACUACACAGUAUAUAAGAAGAGUCUUGGAGAUGACAUUAGUUCUGAAACAUCUGGUGACUUUCGGAAAGCUCUGUUGACUCUGGCAGAUGGCAGAAGAGAUGAAAGUCUGAAAGUGGAUGAGCAUCUGGCCAAAAAGGAUGCCCAGAUUCUCUAUAAUGCUGGUGAGAACAGAUGGGGCACCGAUGAAGACAAAUUCACUGAGAUCCUGUGUUUAAGAAGCUUUCCUCAACUGAAACUAACAUUUGAUGAAUACAGAAAUAUUAGCAAGAAGGACAUUGUGGACAGCAUAAAAGGAGAAUUAUCUGGGCAUUUUGAAGACUUACUGCUGGCCAUAGUUCACUGUGCAAGGAACAUGCCUGCCUUUUUAGCUGGAAGACUGCAUCAAGCUCUGAAGGGUGCUGGAACUGAUGAGUUUACUCUGAACCGAAUAAUGGUUUCCAGGUCAGAAAUUGACCUUUUGGACAUUCGAGCAGAGUUUAAGAAGCAUUAUGGCUAUUCCUUAUAUUCAGCAAUUAAAUCGGAUACUUCUGGAAACUAUGAAAUCACACUCUUAAAGAUCUGUGGAGGAGAUGACUGAGUCAAGAACAUAAUCUCCAAAGAUCGACUUCUGCCAUGGUGGCCUUUUCCAACAGCUCUGCUUACUUCUUACAAUAUUUAAAAGUACGAGCAAGUGUAAACAGCAACCUGUUUUCCUAACUGAAAUUUUCAUUGUUCCAUAACAACAACAGAAACAAAGUGAUUUACAGCAUCUAAUUCAUAAUGUAAUCAUUUAUAAAUGAAAUUUUAAAAUGGCAUUAAGGAUCUGCUAAUCCUAUCCGAAUUAUAUUUCUGCUUAGGAAGUGAGAAUCUUUAUAUCUUUCUAAAACAUUAAAUAUAAAAGCAGGGUAAUAUAAGUUGUUGUCUUUGUUAAAGGUAAUUUAUCUGUUUUUAGUGUCUACCAACGUUGUUUGAUACUUGGUGCCAACAACUAAUGAUAUUUUUAAACACAUUUUUGUUAUAAAAGCUUUAGCUGCUUCAAUUUAUCUAUUACCUUGUUAAGCACAUUCAUCUUUAAGAAAGGAAUAAAAAUAAAGACAUAUGUAAUCCUGGCC